CGUGCUGAGCUGAAGAGUCGAGCUGCAAGAAUACUUUCUCUGUCCAAGACCAAAAUAGUCGUGUCGUGAUGUCGAGGCUGGUUUGUCCUCUGCUUCUGCUUUGUUUAAUUCCAGCUGUGGUUCCCCUGUUCUGCUACACCUGUGUGUUCCCGGCCAUCUCACCUCUGGAUUGCAUCAGAUUCCCUAUGAAGUGUCCACCCGGGCAGGUCUGUCUGUCCAGCAGAGCUGUGGGCGAGAAAGGAGACUUCCGUGUGGUGUUGUACGAGAAGAGCUGCAUUCUGCCCUCCCUGUGUGGAAUCACGGGUGAAAAAUACACCAUGGGACUCAACUUCACCUUCAUCAAUGAAUGCUGCAACACACACCUGUGCAACGGAGCUGCAAAGCCUGCUACGCCCUACUGGACUGGCACAUUACUCACACUGCUUAUUUCAUACUCAGUCUGGUGAAUAGAGCGAGCAGCGUGGAGGAAAACUAGUUUGAGUUGCCUUUUCUGACAUUGUACUCAGCUUCCUCGUGCACUAAUCUGUGCUUUGCUUUAACUCACGUAUGAGACGGGAAAAUAAUAUUUUCUCUGAUUAUUGCUAACUUGCAAAGGGGAGAGUGGGGAUUAUUAGAGUAUUUAGUUACCAUGAUUUACUGAUUUUUUCAAAAUCUGAUAAAAUAAAACUCUCUGUCCAAUUUUCAGUCAAGUUUGUCUCAGAGGGCUUCACAACUUUUAUGUAAAUAUGUACACACUGUGUCGUGUUUACCCACCAAAUAAGUUACACAUACAGUAGUAGGAGGUGGCAGAAUUCAGUGCAA